AUGGAGCCCAAGCGCAGCGUCGACUUCGCACUUUCUUGCACCGGUCAUCGGAAACGACGCAAACAAGUCAAGACGACGGCUGCGGACGGCGGCCAAUGGGACCGCUGCAUGUUCCGAGUCGUGCGGAAGAACCGGUACUGCAACAUCGCGCGCGUCCCCGACUCGCUGUUCUGCGGGAACCACCUGCCCGAUACUGACGCAGUGGUGAGCAAGAGGUCGCGCAAGUUCAAGGCUUCGUCGCGACGUCGUGUGGCGUGUCCAGUGGAUGCGUCGCAUACAGUCUACGAGUACGAUCUGGCCAAGCACGUGCUGAUCUGCAAUCGAGUCAAGGACGCUGACGUCAUGCGGCAGCUGCCGUAUUACAGCCACAACAUCAACUCGGGUGCGCAUUGCGUACGCGAAGACGAGGACGGUCGAACGUCGUUGGACGGCACACAGGGGCUGGAUGCUGAUGCCAGGAUGAAGCAAGAAAGCGGCCACUCGGCUCCAUCGGUACAGAAGCAACAGAGCAUCAUCGACAAGCUACUUGCUGUUGACUUUGCGGACUUGCAGAAACGCAUUGAAGCAGCGUACGAGGUCUGUGUUGGAGAACUAGCACUGGAAAAGCUCCAUCAUGUGUGCUGCGACCGACUACUCAAAGAGAAGAAAGAAGCGGGGGCAUCGCAGAGUGUGUUGCGGCACAUUAAGCAGCAGGCGUCAAUCAUCGGCCACAUGGAGCAGGUGAAGCUGCUGGAAGACCCGAAUGCAGCGUUUGUGGAGCUCGGGGCUGGACGUGGAAUGCUGUCGUUGGCGCUAGCUCAGAUGUUUCCGGGAAGUUUGUACGUGUUGAUUGAUCGCGCGCAUACGCGUGGCAAAGCUGAUCGCUUUAUUGGUGGCGACGACAAGCGUGAGGAAGCGGCAACGGAAAGGUCGACUACGUUGCGUGCGAAGAUUGAUAUUCGCCAUCUAAACUUUGCUGGUAUGCCAGAAGUUCGAGACAAGCCCGUCGUAUGCAUGUCCAAGCACUUGUGCGGCGUAGCUACCGACUUGUCUUUGCGGGCCAUUGCACAGACAAUUGCCGUGCCUGAUAGUACCCAAGUGCUUGCAAGUGAAAGUACACUCGCUACCAUAAGCUCUAGCUUCCAGGGGUUAGCCAUUGCACUGUGCUGCCAUCACGUGUGCGCGUGGCAAGACUACGUGAAUCCAGCGUUUUUCGAAGCCCAAGGGUUCACAGCUGAGGAGUUUGGACUGCUUGCUAGCAUGACGUCCUGGAUGACGUGUGGCAUGGGGCUCGAAGGUGACGCAGUACAGCACAUUCUUGGCAUCAGCAAAGACGAUCGUGCGAUGCUGGGGCGGAAGUGCAAGCGCAUUAUAGACGCCGGACGCGCCGCAUAUCUUGAGCAGCUCCAUAUGAAGACACGUCUCGUCCACUAUUGUGACACUAGCGAUAGUCUCGAAAACUGUCUGCUACUUGCUUGGCGAUGA